GUGACACCUGUUGGAGAAGGACAGAUGGUGACCGUGCAGAUCCCAGCCUCUGUAGAGAUGUUUGGGAGCAAAAUGUUUGAUAGCACCAUCCUGAUUCAGGCUGACAAAGACAUCUCUGUCCUGUCUGUUAACUCAAAGCCCAAUUCCAUUGCUACCACUGUAGUGUACCCCACUGAGAAGUUGGGUACUGUAUAUUACAUUGUAAGUCCACCUGGUUUCCAUUUAGGAAGCUACAAAGAGUUUGCUGUCGUAGCAGGGCAGGCUCCCACUACAGUUGAUAUUUACUUGAAAGGGGCUGUACUGUUCAAAGGGUGGAUCUAUGCUGCUGGGCGUAAACUCACUGUUACCCUCGCUCCCUACCAAGCCUUGCAACUGCAAAGCUUAGUUGAUUUAUCUGGUACCAAGAUUGAGUCUCGGGAACAUGUGGCCGUCUUGACUGGGCACAGCUGUGCUGAAAAAAACACCGCUUGUGAUCACGCUGUCGAGCAGCUCCUGCCCGUCUCCAGCUGGGGCAGCACAUACAUCAUCCCUCCUCUGUCCUUCCAGAACAAGUAUGACAUUGCGUACAUCAUCGCCUCCCAAAACACACGCAUUGACUAUCAGUCAGGGCCCACACGAGCUUCCCGCAACAUAUUGGCUGGGCAGGUUGUUGAAUUUGAAGUCCGAGUCUCUCAUCCACUUUACAUCUCUGCUAGCGCCGGCAUCCAGGUUCUUCUCUUCUUCACUGGUGCUAAAAAUGGGAAAUCCACAUAUGACCCAUUCUUCAUCAACAUCCCACCCAUCAUAAGCUACUGCCAAUCCUACCACAUUGACGGGUUGAAGGAGUUUGAGAACCAUGUGUUGAUCAUAGUCAAGAGCUCAGAGUCUGGCAGGAUCACCUCUGAUCAGAGAGCCAUAGGAAAUGUCCAGUGGAGGCAGAUCCCCGGCACGGAGUAUUCUUGGGGAGAGUACAGCUUCGGCAUAGGGAUUAGUGCCCUUUCCAUACAGCACCCAACCUCUCCCUUCGGUCUGCUGAGCUUUGGAGGGAACGAUCAUGGUGGAUAUGGCUCAUCCGGCAUUUGUGCACACAGUAACCCGACCCUGUCCUGCAGCACUGUUCAAUGCAGGAAGAAAGAGACGUGUCAGAUUGUAGAUGGCCGCCCGGAGUGUGUGGCUGAGUCAGAAUCCACCUGCUGGGCUCAGGGAGACCCACAUUAUCACACCUUCGAUGGGCGGAAUUUCGACUUCAUGGGCACCUGCACCUACACCAUCGCCAAGACCUGUGGCUCAGACUCAACUCUCCCGUCAUUCAGUGUCAAGGCCAAGAACAACAACAGGGGCAACACGCGUGUUUCCUAUGUUGGUUAUGUGACGGUUGAAGUCUAUAAUGUCACUGUCUCAGUGAUUAGAUCUGAGACUGGGUUUGUGAGGGUGAAUGACCAGCGCUCCCGCCUCCCCAUCUCUGUGCUCGAGGGGAAGCUGAGGGUGUAUCAGAGUGGGGGCUCUGUGGUCAUCGAGACUGACUUCUCCCUGAGGGUCUCCUACGACUGGAGCAGCUCCCUGGUGGUGAAGAUCUCCAGCAGCUUCUGGGAGAGCAUGUGCGGCCUAUGUGGCAACUACAACGGGGAUGCCAGGGAUGACUUUGCCACCCCGUCUGGGACACUGGCUGCCAGCCCCGUGGAGUUCGGGAGGAGCUGGAAGGUGGAGGACGGGGACAGGUUCUGCUGGGACGACUGCCACGGGGAGUGCAAGAGCUGCUCCCCAGAGCUGGUUGGCAGGUACAAAGCUGAGCCCUUCUGCGGUUGGAUCACCAAAGAGGCGGGUGGCCUCUUCAGCCAAUGCCACUCCGUGAUUGACCCCCAAAUCUACCUGGACAACUGCGUCUAUGACCUGUGCAUGAACGACGGCCUCAAGGAGAUGCUGUGCCAGGCGCUGACAAGCUAUGCUGAUGCUUGCCGGAGAGAGGGGGUGGCCAUCUCUGACUGGAGGACACCCACGAGGUGCUCUCUGCCCUGCCCGGAGAACAGCCAGUACCAGCUCUGUGGCUCCGCGUGUCCUGCCACCUGCAAUGACCAAGCAGCCCCUAACAACUGCUCCUUACCCUGCGUGGAGACCUGCCAGUGCAAUGAGGGCUUCGUGCUGGAUGCUGGAAAAUGCAUCCCCAAAGCCAGCUGUGGGUGCAAGUUCAACGGGCAUCUAUAUGCCCUUGGAGAGCAAUUCUGGGGGGACAGCACCUGCACCAGACGGUGCCUCUGUGAUCCCCAAACCAGGCAAGUGAGCUGCCAGGCCUCAGGGUGCAGGACUGGGGAGCAGUGCCGGGUAGAGAAUGGCAUCCAGAACUGCUACCCCAGCAGCUAUGGAACCUGCUCAGCUUCGGGGGAUCCUCACUACAUCAGCUUUGAUGGGAAGAAGUUUGACUUCCAGGGCACCUGCCUGUAUCAGUUCACCGGGCUGUGCAUCAAAAGCCAGGACCUGGUGGAUUUCCAGGUCCUAGUUCAGAACGACCAUCGGGGCAGCCAAGUCGUGUCCUUCACCAAAGUUGUGCAGGUCAAAGUCUAUGAGGUUGACAUUGUGAUCAGCAGGGAAAACCCCGGCAGAGUCAUGGUGAACAGCGUGCUGAUCAACCUACCACAUAGCACCAACGACAGCAAGAUCUCCAUAUACCGGAGGGGGCAGGCAGCAGUGCUCCAGACUGACUUCGGUCUCACCGUCACCUUUGACUGGCAGGGCCGGAUCACUGUCACUGCUCCAAGCACCUACGCUGGAGCCGUGUGCGGUCUCUGUGGGAACUUCAACGGGGACAAGGGUGAUGAGUUGACCACGAGGGGUGGCACAUUGGCCCCAAACCCAACAGUCUUUGGGCAGAGCUGGAAGGUGAAGGAUAUCCCCGGCUGUGUGGAGAUUACCAAGGACGAGUGCUCAGAUCUAGAGGCUGUUGAGAGACGCCAAAGAGGAAUGAAUGGGGAGUGUGGGAUCCUCCUAGACAAGAGCGGCCCCUUCCGAGAGUGUCACAGCAAAGUCAACCCCGAGGGCUACUUCCAAGACUGCGUGUACGACUAUUGCAUCUUCAAAGGCCAACAAGCUGUGAUAUGCCAGCUUAUCACCAGCUAUGCCACAGCCUGCCAUGCUGCUGGGGUGACUAUCUAUGCCUGGAGGACCAACUCCUUCUGCAGUCCCUCCUGUGCACAAAACAGCCAUUACGAGGUCUGUGCCCGGGGCUGCCAGUCAACCUGCAGCAGCCUCUACACCCCAGUUCAGUGCUCGGCUCAGUGCUGGGAAGGCUGCGUGUGUGAUGAGGGCUUUGUGCUCAGCGGUGAUGAGUGUGUCCCUAUAUCCCAAUGUGGAUGUGUCUACCUGGGAUUUUAUUAUAAGGCUGGGGAGACUUUCCACCCAACGUGCCAGGAGCAGUGUGUGUGCCAGGCCAGCGGAGACGUGGUGUGUAAGGGGUUGUCCUGCCGCCCUAAUGAGGAGUGCAAGCUGGUGAAUGGCAUCCGGAAAUGCCACCCUGUCGGAUCCGCAACAUGUUCUGCUGCUGGGGACCCCCACUACCUCUCCUUCGAUGGGGUCGCCUUCGAUUUCCAAGGCACCUGCACCUACAUCCUGGCCAAGACCUGCACCAACACCGGGAACCUGACGUCCUUCUCGGUGAAGGUGGAGAAUGUGCCCUGGGGCAAUGGGAAGGUGUCUGUCACCAAGCUGGUGUCCGUGGAGGUCUACGGGCUCACGCUCACCCUGCUGCAGAACAGGAAGGGGCUUGUCAUGGUGGACGGGGUGUCUCAUAACAUCCCUGUGGUCGUGGCCGAUGGGCAGCUCCAAGCAUAUCAGCACGGCGGGAACGUGCUGGUGCAAACGGACUUCGGCCUCACCGUGAGCUAUGACCUGGUUUACCACGCCAGAGUCACCGUCCCAGGGAACUACCAGGGCCAGACGUGCGGCCUGUGUGGGAACUACAACAGGCGUCGGGACGACGAGUUCCUGCUCCCCGAUGGUAGGGUGGCCCCUAACGUGGCAGUGUUUGGUUCCUCCUGGAAAGUCCCAAUCCCAGGAGCGGACUGUGAGGACGGAUGCUCCGGGAACAGCUGCCCGGUCUGCAAGGAGACAAAGAAGGACUUCUUCAAACAGCGCAACUACUGCGGGCUGCUCACGGCCCCCGAUGGCCCCUUCGCCGCCUGCCACAGCACGGUCAGCCCCACUGUGUAUUUCAACAACUGCCUCUAUGAUAUGUGCCUGGGCAACGGGGAUUCCCAGGUCCUGUGCCAGAGCAUCCACAGCUAUGUGACGGCCUGCCAAGAGGCCCGGGUCACCAUCCAGCCCUGGAGGAGCGCCUCCUUCUGCCCUCUGCGCUGCCCGGCCAACAGUCACUACGAGCUGUGUGCCAACCUCUGCACCACCACCUGUGCCAGGAUCACCGACGCCAGGAAGUGCCCAGACACCUGCGCCGAAGGCUGCCAGUGCGACGAUGGCUUCCUCUUCGACGGCCAGGGUUGCGUUGCUCUGCAGAGCUGUGGGUGCUUCAACAAGGGGCUAUAUUACAAGCCUAAUGAGAUGGUUCUGACCAACAAUUGCCAGCAAAACUGCACCUGCAUUCCUGCUCAAGGGGUGACCUGUGAAGCUCACAGCUGCGCCAGCGAUGAAACCUGUCAGAUCAGAGAUGGAGUCAUGCAAUGCAUCAACAUAGAUCCCUGCAAAGACCUGACAUGUCGGUCCAAGGAGACGUGCAAGAUCGAGAACGGCCGUGCGAUGUGUGUUCCCAACUUCAUUGGAACCUGCUGGGGCUGGGGACCGCACUAUCACACUUUCGACGGGCUGAACUUCAACUUCCAGGGCACCUGCACCUACACCCUGGCCAAGUACUGCGGGACCGACCCCACCCUGGUGCCCUUCACCAUUGAUGAGAAGAACGACAACAGGGGGGGCAAUCAGGCUGUCUCCUACGUGCGCCUGACCAACAUCUACGUCUACGGGUACAACAUCUCCAUCCACAAGAAGGAAGUUGGGAAAAUCAGAAUCAAUGACGUGACCACCAGCUUGCCAGUGACCCUUGAAGACGGUAAAAUCAAGCUCUACCAGAGCGGUCUCAAUGCUAUCUUGCAGACAGACUUUGGUCUGCAGGUGUCGUAUGACUGGAAUUGGCACCUGAUCAUCACCCUCCCCAGCAGCUAUUAUGGGGCCAUGGGCGGCCUUUGUGGGAACUUCAACCAAAACCAUGGAGAUGACAUGACGUCACCCAACGGCACCAGAGUCUCCUCCAUCGUGGAAUGGGCCAGGAGCUGGAAAGUCAAAGACCGGGACCCCUUCUGUUGGGAUGUUUGCAAAGGGAAUUGCCCAACGUGUGAUGAGAGCAAGCAGAAGAUCUACGGGGGCGACGAAUACUGUGGUUUGAUCAGCAAAGCACCAGGAGGGCCCUUCAGAGAGUGUCACCCCAAAGUGAGCCCGGAGGACAUUUUUGACAGCUGCAUCUAUGACGUGUGUCUGAACGGGGGAGCCAAGACCAUCCUGUGCCAGGCGCUGGAGGCCUACACAGCCAUCUGCAAGAAACAGGGCAUCACCGUCUAUGACUGGAGGACACCAUCCGGCUGUGUCCCAAUCUGCCCUGAGAACAGCCACUAUGAGGCCUGUGGGAGCGCUUGCCCAGCCAGCUGCUCUGACCAAACCGCCAACUCCUCCUGCCGGGAGCCCUGCGUGGAGACCUGCCAGUGUGACAACGGUUAUGUCCUGAGUGCCGGCCAGUGUGUCCCAGUGGGGAGCUGUGGCUGUGACUACAAUGGCCGCUACUACAAACCCAGUGAGGAGUUCUGGGACGAUGAGAACUGCCGCUCUUGGUGCAGGUGUGACCCCAGCCUGGGCCUGGUGGUUUGCCAGGAGACCAGCUGCAAGGCCAAUGAGAGAUGCGCCGUGAUCAACGGGGUCCGUGACUGCUACCCAAUCAGCUACUCCACGUGCACGGCCUCCGGGGACCCUCAUUACACCACCUUUGACGGGAAAAAGUACGAUUUCAUGGGCACCUGCAUCUACCAGCUGGCUGGGGUCUGCUCCGAGGACCCCACGCUCACCCCGUUCAAUAUCAAGGUGGAGAAUAACAACCGUGGCAGCAAGGCCGUGUCCUACACCAAAGCGGUGACCUUGGAGGUCUAUGGCAGAAACAUCACUGUCAGCCAGCAAUAUCCCCGCAAGAUCAAGGUGGACGGUGUCUUUGUGGCUCUGCCUUUCUACCAUGAGGAGAAGCUACAGGCCUAUGUCAGCGGAGCCCAAGUCCUCAUCAAGACCGCCUUCGCCCUGACGGUGACCUUCGACGGGAGCAGCCUGGUCCGGGUCACCGUGCCCAACACCUACGCCAAUGUCCUCUGCGGCCUGUGUGGUGACAACAACCAAACUGCCAGUGACGACUUGACCAUGAGGGACGGGAGCCGGGCGGCGAAUGCCGUCCAGUUUGCCGAGAUCUGGAAGGUGGGGGAGGUCCCUGGAUGCUUGCCCAGUUGCACCAAGGACUGCCCAGUCUGCAGUGAGGCUCAGAGACAACCCUACAAGGGAGAUGGAUACUGCGGGGUCAUCACCAGAGGGGACGGGCCGUUCAGAGAGUGCCAUGAGGUCAUUGACCCAGCCCCCUUCUUCGACGACUGCGUCUUUGAUACCUGCCAGUACAAGGGUCACCGUGAUGCUCUCUGCAGCGCGAUCAGCGCCUACGUGACGGCCUGCCAGGCCAAGGGCAUCCAGAUAAGGCAGUGGAGAUCGACCUCAUUCUGCAGCGCCACCUGCCCCAGUAACUCCCACUACGAGCUCUGUGGGAAUGGCUGCCCUGCCACCUGCCACAGCCUCUCGGCGCCGGACGGCUGCGACGCCCCCUGUGCCGAAGGGUGUUUCUGUGACACCGGGUUCCUCCUGAGCGGAGACCGGUGCCCCGUCGCGCAGUGCGGCUGUGUGCACCAGGGCAGGUACUACGGGAAGGGAGGUGUUCUACACCAAGGCCUCCUGCCGGGAGAAGUGCCAGUGCAAAGACAACGGGUGGUCCAGUGUUGGGAGACCUCGUGUGCAGCCAACGAGCAGUGCAAGGUGGCUGAUGGCGUCCGGAAAUGCCAGCCUGUCGAAUCCGCAACGUGUUCUGCUGCCGGGGACCCCCACUACCUCUCCUUCGAUGGAGUCGCCUUUGAUUUCCAAGGCACCUGCACCUACAUCCUGGCCAAGACCUGCGCUGACGCCGGGAACCUGACGUCUUUCUCGGUGAAGGUGGAGAAUGUGCCCUGGGGCAAUGGGAAGGUGUCUGUCACCAAGCUGGUGUCCGUGGAGGUCUACGGGCUCACGCUCACCCUGCUGCAGAACAGGAAGGGGCACGUCAUGGUGGACGGGGUGUCUCAUAACCUCCCUGUGGUCGUGGCCGAUGGGCAGCUCCAAGCAUAUCAGCACGGCGGGAACGUGCUGGUGCAAACGGACUUCGGCCUCACCGUGAGCUACGACCUGGUUUACCACGUCAGAGUCACCGUCCCAGGGAACUACCAGGGCCAGACGUGCGGCCUGUGCGGGAACUACAACGGGCGUCGGGAUGACGAGUUCCUGCUCCCCGAUGGCAGGGCCGCCCCUAACGUGGCAGCAUUCGGUUCCGCCUGGAAAGUCCCAAUCCCAGGAGCGGCCUGUGAGGACGGAUGCUCCGGGAACAGCUGCCCGGUCUGCAAGGAGACAAAGAAGGACUUCUUCAAACAGCGCAACUACUGCGGCCUGCUCACGGCCCCCGAUGGCCCCUUUGCCGCCUGCCACAGCACGGUCAGCCCCACUGUGUAUUUCAACAACUGCCUCUAUGAUCUGUGCCUGGGCAACGGGGAUUCCCAGGUCCUGUGCCAGAGCAUCCACAGCUAUGUGACGGCCUGCCAAGAGGCCCGGGUCACCAUCCAGCCCUGGAGGAGCGCCUCCUUCUGCCCUCUGCGCUGCCCGGCCAACAGUCACUACGAGCUGUGCGCCGACCUCUGCACCACCACCUGUGCCAGGAUCACCGACGCCAGGAAGUGCCCAGACACCUGCGCCGAAGGCUGCCAGUGCGACGAUGGCUUCCUCUUCGACGGCCAGGGUUGCGUUGCUCUGCAGAGCUGUGGGUGCUUCAACAAAGGGCUAUAUUACAAGCCUAAUGAGAUGGUUCUGACCAACAAUUGCCAGCAAAACUGCACCUGCAUUCCUGCCCAAGGGGUGACCUGUGAAGCUCACAGCUGCGCCAGCGAUGAAACCUGUCAGAUCAGAGAUGGAGUCAUGCAAUGCAUCAACAUAGAUCCCUGCAAAGACCUGACAUGUCGGUCCAAGGAGACGUGCAAGAUCGAGAACGGCCGUGCGAUGUGUGUUCCCAACUUCAUUGGAACCUGCUGGGGCUGGGGAGACCCGCACUAUCACACUUUCGACGGGCUGAACUUCAACUUCCAGGGCACCUGCACCUACACCCUGGCCAAGUACUGCGGGACCGACCCCACCCUGGUGCCCUUCACCAUUGAUGAGAAGAACGACAACAGGGGGGGCAAUCAGGCUGUCUCCUACGUGCGCCUGACCAACAUCUACGUCUACGGGUACAACAUCUCCAUCCACAAGAAGGAAGUUGGGAAAAUCAGAAUCAAUGACGUGACCACCAGCUUGCCAGUGACCCUUGAAGACGGUAAAAUCAAGCUCUACCAGAGCGGUCUCAAUGCUAUCUUGCAGACAGACUUUGGUCUGCAGGUGUCGUAUGACUGGAAUUGGCACCUGAUCAUCACUCCCAGCAGCUAUUAUGGGGCCAUGGGCGGCCUUUGUGGGAACUUCAACCAAAACCAUGGAGAUGACAUGACGUCACCCAACGGCACCAGAGUCUCCUCCAUCGUGGAAUGGGCCAGGAGCUGGAAAGUCAAAGACCGGGACCCCUUCUGUUGGGAUGUUUGCAAAGGGAAUUGCCCAACGUGUGAUGAGAGCAAGCAGAAGAUCUACGGGGGCGACGAAUACUGUGGUUUGAUCAGCAAAGCACCAGGAGGGCCCUUCAGAGAGUGUCACCCCAAAGUGAGCCCGGAGGACAUUUUUGACAGCUGCAUCUAUGACGUGUGUCUGAACGGGGGAGCCAAGACCAUCCUGUGCCAGGCGCUGGAGGCCUACGCAGCCAUCUGCAAGAAACAGGGCAUCACCGUCUAUGACUGGAGGACACCAUCCGGCUGUGUCCCAAUCUGCCCUGAGAACAGCCACUAUGAGGCCUGUGGGAGCGCUUGCCCAGCCAGCUGCUCUGACCAAACCGCCAACUCCUCCUGCCGGGAGCCCUGCGUGGAGACCUGCCAGUGUGACAACGGUUAUGUCCUGAGUGCCGGCCAGUGUGUCCCAGUGGGGAGCUGUGGCUGUGACUACAAUGGCCGCUACUACAAACCCAGUGAGGAGUUCUGGGACGAUGAGAACUGCCGCUCUUGGUGCAGGUGUGACCCCAGCCUGGGCCUGGUGGUUUGCCAGGAGACCAGCUGCAAGGCCAAUGAGAGAUGCGCCGUGAUCAACGGGGUCCGUGACUGCUACCCAAUCAGCUACUCCACGUGCACGGCCUCCGGGGACCCUCAUUACACCACCUUUGACGGGAAAAAGUACGAUUUCAUGGGCACCUGCAUCUACCAGCUGGCUGGGGUCUGCUCCGAGGACCCCACGCUCACCCCGUUCAAUAUCAAGGUGGAGAAUAACAACCGUGGCAGCAAGGCCGUGUCCUACACCAAAGCGGUGACCUUGGAGGUCUAUGGCAGAAACAUCACUGUCAGCCAGCAAUAUCCCCGCAAGAUCAAGGUGGACGGUGUCUUUGUGGCUCUGCCUUUCUACCAUGAGGAGAAGCUACAGGCCUAUGUCAGCGGAGCCCAAGUCCUCAUCAAGACCGCCUUCGCCCUGACGGUGACCUUCGACGGGAGCAGCCUGGUCCGGGUCACCGUGCCCAACACCUACGCCAAUGUCCUCUGCGGCCUGUGUGGUGACAACAACCAAACUGCCAGUGACGACUUGACCAUGAGGGACGGGAGCCGGGCGGCGAAUGCCGUCCAGUUUGCCGAGAGCUGGAAGGUGGGGGAGGUCCCUGGAUGCUUGCCCAGUUGCACCAAGGACUGCCCAGUCUGCAGUGAGGCUCAGAGACAACCCUACAAGGGAGAUGGAUACUGCGGGGUCAUCACCAGAGGGGACGGGCCGUUCAGAGAGUGCCAUGAGGUCAUUGACCCAGCCCCCUUCUUCGACGACUGCGUCUUUGAUACCUGCCAGUACAAGGGUCACCGUGAUGCUCUCUGCAGCGCGAUCAGCGCCUACGUGACGGCCUGCCAGGCCAAGGGCAUCCAGAUAAGGCAGUGGAGAUCGACCUCAUUCUGCAGCGCCACCUGCCCCAGUAACUCCCACUACGAGCUCUGUGGGAAUGGCUGCCCUGCCACCUGCCACAGCCUCUCGGCGCCGGACGGCUGCGACGCCCCCUGUGCCGAAGGGUGUUUCUGUGACACCGGGUUCCUCCUGAGCGGAGACCGGUGUGUCCCCGUCGCGCAGUGCGGCUGUGUGCACCAGGGCAGGUACUACGGGAAGGGAGAGGUGUUCUACACCAAGGCCUCCUGCCGGGAGAAGUGCCAGUGCAAAGACAACGGGGUGGUCCAGUGUUGGGAGACCUCGUGUGCAGCCAACGAGCAGUGCAAGGUGGCUGAUGGCGUCCGGAAAUGCCAGCCUGUCGAAUCCGCAACGUGUUCUGCUGCCGGGGACCCCCACUACCUCUCCUUCGAUGGAGUCGCCUUUGAUUUCCAAGGCACCUGCACCUACAUCCUGGCCAAGACCUGCGCUGACGCCGGGAACCUGACGUCUUUCUCGGUGAAGGUGGAGAAUGUGCCCUGGGGCAAUGGGAAGGUGUCUGUCACCAAGCUGGUGUCCGUGGAGGUCUACGGGCUCACGCUCACCCUGCUGCAGAACAGGAAGGGGCACGUCAUGGUGGACGGGGUGUCUCAUAACCUCCCUGUGGUCGUGGCCGAUGGGCAGCUCCAAGCAUAUCAGCACGGCGGGAACGUGCUGGUGCAAACGGACUUCGGCCUCACCGUGAGCUACGACCUGGUUUACCACGUCAGAGUCACCGUCCCAGGGAACUACCAGGGCCAGACGUGCGGCCUGUGCGGGAACUACAACGGGCGUCGGGAUGACGAGUUCCUGCUCCCCGAUGGCAGGGCCGCCCCUAACGUGGCAGCAUUCGGUUCCGCCUGGAAAGUCCCAAUCCCAGGAGCGGCCUGUGAGGACGGAUGCUCCGGGAACAGCUGCCCGGUCUGCAAGGAGACAAAGAAGGACUUCUUCAAACAGCGCAACUACUGCGGCCUGCUCACGGCCCCCGAUGGCCCCUUUGCCGCCUGCCACAGCACGGUCAGCCCCACUGUGUAUUUCAACAACUGCCUCUAUGAUCUGUGCCUGGGCAACGGGGAUUCCCAGGUCCUGUGCCAGAGCAUCCACAGCUAUGUGACGGCCUGCCAAGAGGCCCGGGUCACCAUCCAGCCCUGGAGGAGCGCCUCCUUCUGCCCUCUGCGCUGCCCGGCCAACAGUCACUACGAGCUGUGCGCCGACCUCUGCACCACCACCUGUGCCAGGAUCACCGACGCCAGGAAGUGCCCAGACACCUGCGCCGAAGGCUGCCAGUGCGACGAUGGCUUCCUCUUCGACGGCCAGGGUUGCGUUGCUCUGCAGAGCUGUGGGUGCUUCAACAAAGGGCUAUAUUACAAGCCUAAUGAGAUGGUUCUGACCAACAAUUGCCAGCAAAACUGCACCUGCAUUCCUGCCCAAGGGGUGACCUGUGAAGCUCACAGCUGCGCCAGCAAUGAAACCUGUCAGAUCAGAGAUGGAGUCAUGCAAUGCAUCAACAUAGAUCCCUGCAAAGACCUGACAUGUCGGUCCGAGGAGACGUGCAAGAUCGAGAACGGCCGUGCGAUGUGUGUUCCCAACUUCAUUGGAACCUGCUGGGGCUGGGGGGACCCACACUAUCACACUUUCGACGGGCUGAACUUCAACUUCCAGGGCACCUGCACCUACACCCUGGCCAAGUACUGUGGGACCGACCCCACCCUGGUGCCCUUCACCAUCGAUGAGAAGAACGACAACAGGGGGGGCAACCAGGCUGUCUCCUACGUGCGCCUGACCAACAUCUACGUCUACGGGUACAACAUCUCCAUCCACAAAAAGGAAGUUGGGAAGAUCAGAAUCAAUGACGUGACCACCAGCUUGCCGGUGACCCUUGAAGACGGUAAAAUCAAGCUCUACCAGAGCGGUCUCAAUGCUAUCUUGCAGACAGACUUUGGUCUGCAGGUGUCGUAUGACUGGAAUUGGCACCUGAUCAUCACCCUCCCCAGCAGCUAUUAUGGGGCCAUGGGCGGCCUUUGUGGGAACUUCAACCAAAACCAUGGAGAUGACAUGACGUCACCCAACGGCACCAGAGUCUCCUCCAUCGUGGAAUGGGCCAGGAGCUGGAAAGUCAAAGACCGGGACCCCUUCUGUUGGGAUGUUUGCAAAGGGAAUUGCCCAACGUGUGAUGAGAGCAAGCAGAAGAUCUACGGGGGCGACGAAUACUGUGGUUUGAUCAGCAAAGCACCAGGAGAGCCCUUCAGAGAGUGUCACCCCAAAGUGAGCCCGGAGGACAUUUUUGACAGCUGCAUCUAUGACGUGUGUCUGAACGGGGGAGCCAAGACCAUCCUGUGCCAGGCGCUGGAGGCCUACGCAGCCAUCUGCAAGAAACAGGGCAUCACCGUCUAUGACUGGAGGACACCAUCCGGCUGUGUCCCAAUCUGCCCUGAGAACAGCCACUAUGAGGCCUGUGGGAACGCUUGCCCAGCCAGCUGCUCCGACCAAACCGCCAACUCCUCCUGCCGGGAGCCCUGCGUGGAGACCUGCCAGUGUGACAACGGUUAUGUCCUGAGUGCCGGCCAGUGUGUCCCCGUGGGGAGCUGUGGCUGUGACUACAAUGGCCGCUACUACAAACCCAGUGAGGAGUUCUGGGAUGAUGAGAACUGCCGCUCUCGGUGCAGGUGUGACCCCAGCCUGGGCCUGGUGGUUUGCCAGGAGACCAGCUGCAAGGCCAGCGAGAGAUGUGCCGUGAUCAAUGGGGUCCGUGACUGCUACCCAAUCAGCUACUCCACGUGCACGGCCUCCGGGGACCCUCAUUACACCACCUUUGAUGGGAAAAAGUACGAUUUCAUGGGCACCUGCAUCUACCAGUUGGCUGGGGUCUGCUCCGAGGACCCCACGCUCAUCCCGUUCAAUAUCAAGGUGGAGAAUAACAACCGCGGCACCAAGGCCGUGUCCUACACCAAAGCGGUGACCUUGGAGGUGUACGGCAGAAACAUCACUGUGAGCCAGCAAUAUCCCCGCAAGAUCAAGGUGGAUGGAGUCUUCAUGGACCUGCCUUUCUACCAUGAGGAGAAACUACAGGCCUAUGUCAGCGGAGCCCAAGUCCUCAUCAAGACCGCCUUCGACCUGAGGGUGACCUUCGACGGGAGCAGCCUGGUCCGGGUCACCGUGCCCAACACCUACGCCAACGUCCUCUGUGGCCUGUGUGGUGACAACAACCAAAGUGCUGGUGACGACCUGACCAUGAGGGAUGGGAGCCGGGCGGCCAACGCCAUCCAGUUUGCAGAGAGCUGGAAGGUGGGGGAGGUCCCUGGAUGCUUGCCCAGUUGCACCAAGGACUGCCCAGUCUGCAGUGAGGCUCAGAGACAACCCUACAAGGGAGAUCGGUACUGUGGGGUCAUCACCAGAGGGGACGGGCCAUUCAGAGAGUGCCAUGAGGUCAUCGACCCAGCCCCCUUCUUCGACGACUGCGUCUUUGAUACCUGCCAGUACAAGGGUCACCGUGAUGCUCUCUGCAGCGCGAUCAGUGCCUAUGUGACAGCCUGCCAGGCCAAGGGCAUCCAGAUAGGGCAGUGGAGAUCGGCCUCAUUCUGCAGCCCCACCUGCCCCCGUAACUACCACUACGAGCUUUGUGGGAGUGGCUGCUCUGCCACCUGCCAUGGCCUCUCAGCGCCAGACGGUUGUGAUGCUCCCUGUGCUGAAGGGUGUUUCUGCGACGCCGGGUUUCUCCUGAGUGGAGACCGGUGCGUCCCCGUUGCUCAGUGCGGCUGUGUGCACCAGGGCAGGUACUACGGGAAGGGAGAGGAGUUCUAUGCCAGCGCCUCCUGCCAGGAACGGUGCCAGUGCCAAGACAACGGGGUCGUCGAGUGCCGGGAGGCCUCCUGCGGAGCCAACGAGCAGUGCAGGGUGGAGAAUGGAAUCCUAGGCUGCCACGCCAUGGGCUGUGGCAAAUGUGUAGCAUCUGGUGACCCUCAUUAUCUGACCUUUGAUGGACGGGCCUUUGAUUUCCAAGGCACUUGCACUUACAGCUUAGCCAGAAUGUGCAGCAGUGACGCUGGGCUGGCAAACUUCUCCGUGGUGGUAGAAAAUGAGAGCUAUGGUAAUGGGCAAGUGUCAGUGGCACGGCUGGUGGUGGUCUCCGUUCAUGGUUACACCAUCACCAUGGAGAGGGGAAGGAAGUGGAAAGUCAUGGUGGACGGGGAGCUCUACACUCUCCCACUGGCUAUGGACGACGGGAAACUUCAGAUCAACCAGGAGGGGAACAACAUCAUUGUUCAGUCUGCUUCUGGCCUCAAAGUCCUUUACGACACCUCCUAUUAUGUCCUAGUCUCCAUCCCCAGCUCCUACAAGGGACACGUGUGCGGCUUGUGCGGCAACUUCAAUGGUGACAAGAACGACGACUUCCUGCUGCCCAGUGGGAGGAGUGCCCAGAACGCGGAUGAGUUCGGGGCCUCCUGGAAGGUGCCCGUUGAUGGCGCCACAUGCGCCGAUGGCUGUGGGGAAAGGUGUCCAGUCUGUGAUGCAGCUAAAACAGCGCCAUACCAGGUCGAUAGCUCCUGUGGGUUGAUCAAAGCGACAUCAGGUCCCUUUAAAUACUGCCACUCGCUGGUCAGCCCUACCGAGUAUUUCAACCAUUGUCUCUAUGACAUGUGUGCUGCCAAUGGAGCAAGAGAAAUCCUCUGCCAGAGUAUCCAGGCCUACACGGCCGCGUGCCAGGCAGCUGGAGCCAUAGUCAGUGCCUGGAGAACAGCCUCCUUCUGCCCUUUCACCUGCCCAGCCAAUAGCCACUACGAGCUGUGCACUAGAUCCUGUGAUUUCACAUGUGCUGGUUUGUCCACCCCUGCCCAGUGCACUGCGAAAUGCUUUGAAGGCUGCCAGUGCGACACCGGCUACGCAUUCAAUGGGGAAACGUGCACGUCCAUGGAAGGAUGCGGCUGCGUGCGUGACGGACGCUACAUCAAGGCCGGGGAGAGCAUCAUCUCCGGCACUUGCUCCGAGAAGUGCACCUGCCAGGCCUCAGGCGGGCUCUUCUGCGAGCCACACAGCUGCCCCGACAAAGAGAUCUGUGCGCUCCAGGAUGGGGUGCGCGGCUGCGUGAAGCAGGAAGGCCGGUGCACACUGCUCCCCGGAGCCCAGCUCACCUCCUUCGACGGCGCCUCUGGAGGAGUUCUGCACAGUGGCGCUUACGAGCUGGCCUCUCUCUGCAACGACAGCGCCCCCUCCUGGUUCAGGGUGGUGGUGGACAUCAGGGCAUGCAGCGAUGGGGCAGCGAUGGCUGGGACAACCGCCUACAUUUUCUUCCGAGAUGCUUUCAUAGCUGUGAAAAGGAACAAGGAGACCUGGGUGAACGGGCGUCCAGUGCCGCUCCCGGUGAAGAUCUCCGAUGCUGUGUCUGUGCACGAGUCUCAUGGCGGCGUGGCCGUGGUCCAGGCCUUGGGGAUGCAGGUUCUGUUCAGCCCCAGUGGGGAGGUGACAGUGAGGGUCAGCGAGAGCCUGGCUAACAAGCUGUGCGCAUCCUGCGGGAACUUCAAUGGCGAUGUCUCCGACGACCUGCGGCUGCCCAGCGGGGGGGUCGCAGGGAACAUCACUGAGGUUAUCGAUGCCUGGAAGGCCAGAGACUUCUCCGAUGAGGCCACCUUCCUGAGCGGCUCCCUGGAUGGAGAAUUCGCCCGGGACGGGGGCGACAUCGCCUCGCUGUGGUCCCGUGCCCGCAACGCCACACGCCAGCUGGGAAAGCGACUGGGCUGCCGCUGGGUAUGGAGCGAAGAUCAGCGGGAGCUGGGAGUCCUGGUACCGCGGAUCGAGACAGAGGGCAACACCUUCAUCAACCCCGGAGCCAGAGGUGUGCUGGAGAAGUCCCUGAAGGCCGCCGUCCACGCGCUCUAUGUGGACACCCUGAGGAAAAAACCUGACAGGGCCAUCGCCCCGCACCUGGGAAAGAUCGUUGUCAAUUGCGCCAUUCCCGGCACCGACAGCCCACUGCGCCUGGACAUCGUCGUCACGGAUGAGGAUCGGAAAAAGAUCAUCCUCGUUGACAUGAUGAUCCCAUUCAAAAACAGGACCCCGGCCUUCCGCGAGGCCUGA